AGACGCGCCGAGUAUGGGCCAGGCAACCUAGUUCUAGAAACGUUGGGGCCAGGCUAGCCAGCCAGUUGCCUGCAGCAUUUAACAGCCUCUCUCAGUCGGGCGAAGAUGCAUGUUGUCCUUUCCUGAGUAUUUGCUUUUUGUAUCACAUCAGGUCCCACGGCUCCGCUUGCGAUGUCAGACAAAACUGAGUUGCGCUCCCCAAACUUCCUGCUCAAGUCUUUCUUUGCUGGUGGUGUGGCUGGUAUGUGUGCUAAGACAACAGUAGCACCACUGGAUAGAAUCAAGAUACUUCUUCAAGGUCACCAGUGCCACUACAAGCAUUAUGGUGUAUUCUCAGGCCUCAAAGGCAUAGUGCAGAAAGAGCAGUUUCUUGGCCUGUACAAAGGCAAUGGAGCACAGAUGGUCCGUAUCUUCCCCUAUGCUGCUGUACAAUUUCUUUCAUUCGAAGCAUACAAACGAGUUAUACGAAACACCUUUGAAAAUACUUCGCAUGCAAGCAAGUUUGUGGCAGGAUCGUGUGCAGGUGUCACUGCUGCAGUGACUACUUAUCCACUGGACAUGGUCAGAGCAAGACUGGCGUUUCAAGUCAAUGGCCACCACAUCUACAAUGGAAUUUUUCAUGUUGUAACCUCAAUUGUCAAGACGGAAGGUGGCAUCAAAGCACUGUACAAGGGUCUUUCUCCAACAGUUCUUGGCAUGGUGCCUUAUGCAGGACUCUCCUUCUACGUGUUUGAGCGCUUGAAGGCCUUUUGCCUUGAAGUCUUUCCAAACACCUGUGGGCGUCCGUACCCUGGAAACACCGGUGGUAUUGUUCUUGUGGUUCCUGCCAAACUCCUAUGUGGCGGCUUUGCGGGUGCCAUUGCACAGACUUUUUCCUAUCCUCUAGACGUGGCCCGUCGACAAAUGCAGCUCAGCAUGAUGCACCCAGAAAUGAAUAAAUACAGCAAAAGCCUAUUCAGCACGCUGGCCUUGACAUUUCGUGAGCACGGCAUCUCCAGAGGAUUGUACCGUGGCAUGAGUGUCAAUUAUCUGCGUGCGAUUCCCAUGGUGGCUGUGUCAUUCUCUACGUACGAGAUUGCCAAGCAGUUACUGGGCCUGGACACUGGUCUUGACUCCUGAUCAUAUCUCGCUCUUUUAAUAACAAUGGUGCACCUAACCGUACCAGCCAGUCAUAAGCAUCAAAGUAAGUCAGCAGCAAGUUAAGGUGUAGCCAUCUUCCUGGUGCUCUUGGCAAGAAGAUUCAUUUGCCAUACGCGAAGCUCUUGCAAAGUACUGAAUGUCUGAGCUACAGGAAUAUGCACACACUAGCACGUUUCUCACUGUUACGAAAUGUGACAGUGCUGGUGCACAUGUGAAAUCUGAGCUCUGAAUCUUUAGUGCUCCUAAAGAUUUAACAGCUGUGGGCCAAGGCGAGUUUUACUGUGAGCUGCACGCAAAGACUAUAUAGGUGGUAUUGUACUUGCUGCUUUUACAUAAAAAAAAUCCAAAAAAGAAGUUUGCUUGGAAGUCCUGUAUUGGCAAUACUCCAGACACCUAAUCAUUAACCCACCGGCUCUUAUAUCUGCACAGUUUCUACUCAACCUGGCUGUGAUUUAACACAUAACCCAUCGAUUCAGUUAAGGUAGAAGCAGGCACUUCGAUAAGAGCUCUCCAACUUCACUAAGAUUAAUCUAUAUGUCAUGAAAUGCAUUGAAGCACAAACUAUUUCGCUGAGGCAAUGUAUCUUCAUUCAUUGCACAUUCCCUGGAACAGGCUGUUGAAUACAAGCAUUCCAGCUUCGACUAACACAACAUAAUUUCACACUUCAGUCACUUGAUCAGUUUUGCUUUACUUUGCAACAAUGUGCAUCAAGUUGGGAGCCAAGGGCCAUGAACCUUCCAGCACAGCUGUGUGAAUGCUGAAUCGAGUGAACACUAUAGGGAAUGAGAGCGCAUGUGCUUUAGUUGUUUAGAUUUGCAAAGCUCUGAAAUUAGUACGCAACUUAUUGUGCUAGCAUGUUUCAUGUACUGAAGCACAGCUACUUUUUGAACCAAUCAAUUUACAAAAAAUGUGGACUUCGUGAAAGCUAAGACCUAAAAUUAUGAUAAAGUGGAGUGUAUUUCUUGUUCUUGUCAAGUGCAUCCUCCCUCAUUUUGUAAUGACUAAUCACAUACUGCAACAUUGAUAGAACAGUGCAAUAAUUUGAAUGGCAUCAUUUGCCAUGAUUUAAUUAGAUAAAGAGGCAUAAUAAUUGUAGAAACAUCAACACACAAUUUGUAACUGCACUUUUUAAAGGGGCCCUCCAAUACUUUUCAAACACCUUUAUUUGUGAAUUGUGUCUAUUUGAUACAUUAUAUGAAAAAACAAUACUGACAGAGGCAUGCAGCCCAAAAUUAUUCUGUAAAAAAUUCAAAGUUGUGCAAGAAAAGCAAACUGCCUUAAAUUCAGAUUUCACAAGGUCAUGUAUCCUAGCUCUUCUUGCUCGCUGCAUGCAUAAAGUAGUGCUGCCACAGGCUGAGUUAGAAGCACUUGCAUUGCAGGAGCUAGUGCCCCAUAGUUGCCAUAGCAAUGAACAAUGCAGUCUCCCACCAUAACAAGAGCAAUGAAGUGAAAAACAUUCAUCCCUUGAAUAACAUUCACAAGUUCACAGCACAUACAAAAUGCUGCUGUUCAUGAGGGUACCCAAGCGUGUUGAGAAGUCUUUGUGUAAAGACAAACUUCAGGCUUAUGGGGAACACUAAAUGCACCAAAGUGCAGCUGUGGUGCUGCCAGUGUAUCGCAGAACGACAUUCCAAAUCUUCCCUCUGCACCUCUGUAAAAGAUACGGGGAGGGAGACUAGGGACCGGUUUCCCCUUUACUCUCCCUCUCCGUGCCUCUGUUGGUGGUGCAGAAGAAAGAAAUUAAAUGUCAUUCCAUGACAUACUGGCAGUGCCACAUCUGCACCGUGGCACAUUUAGACUUUACCACAGGCUAAAAACCAGCUAGCACCAAUUGUAGUUGCAGAGCUUUUUUUUAUCUGUAUUUAUUUAUAAAACAUAGAGCAAAUGAAACAAAACUAAAUUAACCAUGAUAUUGGGGCUACAAAGCGAUUAGGUAUAACUUUUGUUUUUCACCGAUUAGGGAUGAGCACUUGGCUAUGUCGCUCCAGUCAAUCUUUUCUGGUGAGUGCCACUACAUGCCAAUGCCAUGAGAGUGUUUUCUGAUAUCAAUGUUUUUACCUUUGUCAAAGGCAUUGCCCACUAUUAGUCUACAUUAUCAAUGAAUAGACUGAGUGGAAAGUUUUAGAGGGCUCCUUUAUUGGAUGGACAUUUCACUGCACCCAUUUUUAAUAUAAUGCAUAUUUAGUCAUCAAACAUAUUUUAAUGUCAACUUAUAGCAAGGCACAAUGACUGUAACUAGUGAUACUUGACAGUUUGUUUGCCAAUGUAUGAUACAAGUUGCUGAAGUGUUUAAUACAGUACUAAACAAUAAAUAUUUUGCAAGAAUACGGUUUGCAGAGUUCAUUUCCUCUUAAGGAGCCUCAGGUGGUCGAAAUUUCCGGACGGAGCCCUACGCUGCGGCGUCUCCCAUAAUCGUAUGGUGCUUUUGGGCCGUUAAACCCCACAUAUCAAUCAGUUGAUUUCCUCUUGGUUACCUUGCUGCAGUAGAUAUUGUACUGAAGUAGCCAGACCACUACACUGAAGUCGGACCGAGAAAAUGCAUCGCCUAACCACUUUUUUCAUACCAGCACCAAUGACAGCAAAGAGGUAUGAUGAAGGUGCCCAAAGGGUAAAUCAAGAAACGCAGGUCUGUUCAAUUCGCUUGCACCAAUCUGAAGCACUCCACGACAGUGCACGAGAAGUGCAGGCCUUGCUUCUGUAUGCCUAAUGAGUGCUGUCUAUGUAGCUUUGAGAGGUGGCAAAGUGCGCAUAUAGACUAUUUACGAGGUGCACAUAUGGCCCAUGUUCUGUAGAAAGUGUAUACCUGCAUAAGCUGAGCUUUCUGCUCAUGUGUAUGUGCACAGUUGCUCUGCGCUGAUACCACCAGCACAGAGGGUUCAGGAAAAUCUAAAAUCGGCACUACACCUUUCGAAAUGAAUGGCAUGGUUCAGAGGACACCACUGUUGCACCUCUAAAAUAAAUGCCAAUGGCACCUUGAGAACUGCUGUAGGCGAGUUGAAUGACCCUCGUAUUUUUAUUUGGCUUUUGACUCUUGUGCCGCACUGUCUCCCUUUUAUACACAUGUGCCGAAACGGCAUUCUGCUGCCGAGCACAAAGUUGCUCGUUCAAGGAAAUAUGCGAUUUAAAAAAAAAGUUGUGUGAAUCAGUAUGCUAAAGCAAUAGAAUUUUUUGCUGUAUGUAAUUAGUUUUGAAGCAAGUUGUGCAGUUUUUGUAUUGUGCCAUGAAUAUGUGUGAAAUAUAGUUUGUUUUGGACAAA